UCGUUCCACCUGAUGACUUGUCGUCGGCCACGGUAGAUGCUUGUAAGCCAUUGCCACCAUACAUUGGCCUCACCAUCAAGAUAAUAUGCUGCGUACCUUACUCGAUCGGUCCCUUCGAUCUCGUCCAGCUCGAAAUAUUGGGCAGCCCGGUUGAGCCAUGCGUCGGGAUCUACGCCAAUGAACAUGGACAGCGUGAUCCUCAGUUUCUCGGGCUUCGGCCGAUCGCGAUAGCUGGAUGUCUGGGAUCGCCGAUCGAAAUCAUCCUCCUGGUUGAAAUCCACACGCCUUCGUUCGUGCUCCUCGCGCCUCAGCUCCUCACGUCGCCGCUCCUCCUCCUCGGCCCUCUCGUGCUCGUGUUGACACGGAGGUGGUUGGCGCGCUUGUUAGGUGGUUUCAAGUACUUAGUUACGUUUAUCGAUGAUUACUCGAGAUAUGGAUACAUUUUCCUUCUGCACCGCAAGUCUGAAUGCUUUGAGAAAUUCUUGGAGUAUAAGGGAGUUGUGGAGAAGCAGUUAGGAAAAAGUAUCAAGUCAUUACGAUCGGAUCGUGGUGGCGAAUAUCUCUCGAAUGAAUUUAGGAGCUACUUGACGGAUAAUGGGAUUAUGUCCCAGCUGACUGCGCCUGGCACGCCUCAGCAGAAUGGCGUAGCAGAACGGAGGAACAUGACUCAUAUGGAAAUGGUUAGGGCAAUGAUGAGUUAUAGUACAUUACCAGAUUCGUUUUGGGGAUAUGCCCUAGAAACAGCGGUAUACAUUCUGAAUAAAGUACCUUCUAAAUCAGUACCGUCUACACCAUUGGAGUUGUGGUCUGGGCAUAAGCCUAGUCUAAGACAUCUCAGGAUUUGGGGUAGCCCAGCACAUGUGCUAAGAACCGGUACUGAUAAGUUGGAACCGAGAUCAGAAGUAAGGUUGUUUGUGGGAUAUCCUAAGGAAACGAAAGGUGGUCUAUUUUAUAGUCCCGAGGACCAGAAAGUAAUCGUUAGCACGAAUGCUAGGUUCUUGGAAGAAGAUUAUGUCUUAGAUCAUAAGCCCAGUAGUAUACAUGUUCUUGAGGAGAUAAAGGGAGUGAGUACUUCAAUACCGAGUGCGCUAGAUGUUACACCAAAAAGUACUGCAACACGUAUCGCUGAUGAUGCACCUGAGCAGGUAGUACCUCGUCGUAGUGGGAGGGUUGUCCGGCAACCCGAACGGUUCAUGGGUCUGGGAGAGUCUUCUGAGGCCGUCCCGGACGUUCUUGAAUCCGACCCAUGGACAUACAAUGAGGCACUCCAAGAUCGGGACGCAGAGUCUUGGCAAAAGGUGAUGAAAUCUGAAUUAGAGUCAAUGGACACUAAUCAGGUCUGGGAUUUUGUAGAGCCACCCAGUGGCGUUCGCGCCAUUGGAUGCAAGUGGGUCUAUAAGAUAAAGAGAGGAUCAGAUGGGAAGGUUGAGACCUUCAAAGCUAGGCUUGUUGCGAAAGG